UUUCAAGCAGCAGAACGGACUGGGAUGGAAAAAGCUAUCAGUGGUCAGUAGGAGAGGGAGAGAUAAACGUAACACUGAAUAACACCUUGCUGUCUGGCACUGCUGUGUGCUGUGCUCAUGUACAGUACAAGCUGCCCUUCCCAUCCAAACCACUGUGUUCCCCAGAGUGAAUCUGAAAGCAAAAAAGGUCCAGCGAUAUAAGGGAAUAGCGAGCUGAUCAUGGCUGAAGAAGAACCCCUAGGUGGCGCCCAGCAGGUACUGCGUCGUCUGAAGCCCGAGUUGAUCGAUACUCUAAGUGCAGACCCUGCCUUUGUGCUGCAGCAUGCAGACUCCCUCAGCCUACUGGCCCGGCAUGAGUACAAGCAGGUCAAAGCCCUCACUGACCCAUCAAAACAGGCCCAGGACCUUCUGGACCAUGUGAUCAACAAAGGACCCACUGCUGCAGAGCAGCUUCUGCAGCUCCUGAGGGGCAAAGAAAUGCAGGAUACGUUUCCCAACCUUCUGUUCCUCAAGGAACUGCCAGUGAAUGAUCAAAGAGCUGCAGGUGAAAAAGGUACAGGGGGAAAUGAAGUUACCAGAAAGAGAAGACAAACAUUUGAGUCCGAAGAGAACCUUCCCGCUAAACAGACAUGCAAGGAUGGCUCUAAGAUGGUGGUGGAGAAGGAUCUGAUGCGUGUGGCUCAAAAUAUCGGUCGCUCCUGGAGGGCAAUUGGUACAGGGGCCCUAGACAUCCCCUCUGUCAAGCUGGAUCAGAUCCUGGAGGACUAUCCACACAGCCAUGUGGACCGUGUGUUCGCCAUGCUGCGCUACUGGAGCACACUGAAACGGCAUGAGGCCACGGCGGCCAAUCUCCACUCCCUGCUCAGCCAGGGCGACUGGGCCCUGCUGCCAAACAGCAUAGACUUUCUCCUGGACCCCAUCUUAGACCCUUAGCAGUCUGGCCUUAGCUGCUAUUGCAUCAUUUCCACUGCAGGGAUUUACCACAGUGCUUGGCCUCAGACUUUAGUGUUUCCAUGGUUGAGGUUUAGUGGGGAAAGGACGUAACCGGUGGGAUUUAAACCCAAGUCUUCUGCAUGGUAACUCAACGUCUUUACCAUUAUACCAGGAGGAAAUCCUCAUGGUCAGACUGGGUGACAAUUGGUCUUUUAUUUUGUUAUUUUUUUUACCAGAUCAGCUUUAAAAACCCUAUCUCUUUUAUACAUUUGUUUUGCAUCAUCUCUUGUUUUGUUAAUUCUUUAUUUGUAAAAAUAUAUAUAUAUACACUACCGUUCAAAAGUUUGGGAUCACUUAGAAAUGUCCUUGUUUUUUUAAAGAAAAGCACAUUUUUUGUCCAUUAAAA